AGAAGGAAAUAUUUUAAAGCCCUAGAUUGUUGAAUCCAUUAGUACAGAGAGCCAACUGUAAUUGUGUUGAUUGUUUUAUCAAUGAUUGUUUAUAUAAUUUUGCUGUAGAACAUAUGCCUGCUUUCAAGCUUGACAAAUCUUGAGAAUUUUUGUUUGCUUGACCUAGUGCACCUCAAAUUAAUUUUUAGACCUCUAUGAGAUAUGGGCAAUCCUAAUCAUAACAGAAAAGGAGAGGAUAGAUUUUGUAUGGGAUCCUGAUUAGGGUGUGAGGGUACAAGGCUGACAGAAGAAUCUCCUCUGAAUGCUUAACACAUCUGGGAAAAGGAAUAAAAGGUGGCAUCCAAUGUUAUCUAAGGCAACUUUCCCUAGAAAUUUAAUUACUAUUUAUAUUUUUAUACCACCCAGACUUGAAUGAAUUUAGAUCAGUGUAUGCAACAUUACACCUUUACAGUAAAUUUAUGAGGUAGAGGGCUUCACAGCUGAAUGGGUAUUUACCUCCCUGAACUAAUCUGAAUCCUGGCUAAUGCAGAAGAUCACAAGAAAUCGCUUCCUUCUAUUAGCUUACCGGUAUAUGGUAAUAACUUCAAAAUGUGAUAGGAAAUUAGUGUUUAAUUCAAUGUUCAUUUUAAAUGUCUCUCCAAUAGAAGUAAAAAGAAAUCCACUGUUACGAAGUGGGCUAUUAUAAACACCUUACAAAACAAGAGAUCCAAUUUAUGUUUAAAAAGCAGAUGCUUCAAGUCAAAAGAAUGUUCAAAAUAGCAACUGAAGGUACUGCUACUGAAUGUCCAAACUCCUCUAGCCUUAUGAUACCAUGAGAAAGAAUACCAGGGCAAGUUUAGUGGAUAAUUCACUCAUGUGUAAGGAGUAACAUUCAACAUAAAGAUGGUCCCAUUGUGGCUCUUAAGAGCUUCUGGGCCAUCAGCUUUACUAACCAGCUGGGUGGGUAUGUGAGUUACAAGCACUAGAAGUCUGUAUUUUAUCACAAAAUGAGGGGGAAAUUCCAUUUAUAACAACAGCUAGAAUGAAAUGGGUUUCUUGAACCUGGAGCUAGGGAGCCUGAACUAAAUGUUGCUGGGCUUUAUUAUACUUCCCUACCUUUCCUCUCCAACUGAUACUAAUGAAAGUAGUUCAAGUGCUCCAUAGAAGCUUUGAACUUGCCUGAGGCACAGCAUGUGGGCUGGUGCUCCAGUUCUACACACCUACUUCCUGCAACCUUGGCAAUUAGCUAAUAAUGUAAAUCCCAGUUUCUAAUGUGAUUGAGUCAGCAAGGGAUUGACGCAGAACACACACAAAGCAAUUACCACCUGCAAAACAUACAGGCGGUUGACUGAGAUGAGUGAAGAACACCACAGAAGAAAAGGUAUUCUAGAGGAAGACAAAAUAUACAUUAGAUGAACUUUUUAAUGACUGCCAAGGCAGGACAUCUGUAAAACAGGUGUGCUGUCACUGUUCGAAACACUUCCUUCAGAGUUCCUCUUGGCUACAUUCCUGCUGUUCCAUCUAACAAAAAUAGGAGCUAACUGGUAAAAAGCCUCAAUUUCCCUUGGGACCAAAGCCUCUAACAGUCACUGUGGAGUUAACUAUUGCCACCCUCUUACGACUUCCUUCACUAUGGACACUUGGCGGAGGGGAUCCAUGAGGUCUUCAGGUUUUUUCAAGCGUCUUUCAUUCAGGAGGCAUAAGAAGCUGGACAAUCAAGUCAUUAUCUUGAAUCACAACAGUCAAACAUUAGAUAAUACUAGACAGUACAACCGAAAGGAAUUUCUACGGGACUUGAAGGGGAAGUCUGCCUACUUAUCAUGCCAGAGCGAACAAAACCUAGCAACAAAGCCACAGCCCCCUCCAAAACCCCCUCGGCUGUAUCUCGACAGUGCCAGCUGCCCCAACAUAAUAGAUCACGCAGAUUCCCCUUCUGCAAACCUGUCCUUUCCAAUCACUUUACAUCACUCCCAUAAGGCAACUCAAACAUCACCUGACCUAUUCUACAAAAAUCAAGACACAACCUGGCUCCCCUAUGAUACCUCUUCCUGGCUUGGUAAACCUCUUCCAGAUCCAUCAGACCCCUUUUUUUCCUUCACGCUGGAUUUUGGGCCCUCACUCCUCGAUGAUGUUCUGCAUACACUCAGGAAACAGAAUUUGCUAUUAAAUUAGCUGGUUUUCCAGCUAGAUCAGAGGAAGGAAUCAUACUGGAUUACAGGCUAUUCUUCACUGGUACGUAACAGCCUAACCUACAUUUUGUUCUUAAGAAGAAGUACCCCUUUCUCAUUGAAUUCUCACAGUGCAUUAUCAGCAGAGUGCCCCAUUGACUAGAAACCACAGGUACCGCUUCUGUUCAUCUUACUUUUCUAAGAAUAUUCUCACUGUGUUGGAGUACCUCAUCCUCAUAGUCAGGCAAGACAUUUGCUACAUUUGGACUGAGAGUUCCUAAAACAAAAGUGUGUGAGCAGAAGAGUAGGUGGUGUGACAAGAUGAUCAGUACCCUAAGGAAGAAAGAGGUUUGUUUGGAUCAUUUCAGCAAUCCCAAAUAUCAAAUACCUCUAAAUUCAGAAACCUUCAUAUAAGGUUAUCUCAAAGACUGAAGGCAGGAGCCUAGAAGUGUGCCUAGUUAAGUAGAGGCAAUGAAUGUGACAAUUAGCUUCCUUUAUAUCAGUACACAUUUUCUCACAUUAAUUCUAAUUAAUGGGCAUAUUUAAGCUAUUGGAAAGUCAUGCCAUAAAGCAAUUAUUGUUAUGCUUUGUAUUCACCACCAGGCGGUAGGGGGUAGGGCUCUUACUAUAGAACAAAUGCUUCCGCAAAAUGUGAUGAAUAUGCAUUCCACUGUAAAAUGUGAAAGAGCUUGUAUAUUUUAUCCUUAUUAAAAGUAUUUACUCUACAUCCUUAUC